AUGGCUUCCUUUGCGACGGCGUGUCGCCUGUCCGCCCGGCUGGCAAGCCGACGAGUCGCCCAAGAUGCCUCAGUCAGAGGUCUGCGGACGUCCGCCGCCUCGCGGGCUGCCCAGAACUUCACCAUGCCCGCCCUGUCCCCGACCAUGACCGAGGGCAACAUCGCCACGUGGAAGGUCAAGGAGGGCGACGAGUUCGCCGCCGGUGACGUGCUGCUCGAGAUCGAGACCGACAAGGCCUCCAUGGACGUCGAGGCGCAGGACGACGGCAUCAUGAUGAAGAUCUUCGCCGCCGACGGCAGCAAGGCCGUCCAGGUCGGAACCCGCAUUGGUGUUCUGGCCGAGCCCGGCGACGACAUCAGCUCCCUCGAGAUCCCCGCCGACGAGUCCAAGUCCGCCCAGCAGGGCGCCAAGAAGGAAGAGGCACCCUCCCAGUCUGGAGCGCCCAGCGAGGCCGCUCCCCAGAAGAAGGCCGCCGACCCCAGCAAGAGGAAGACCUCUGGCCAGAAGGCACCGCCCCAGAAGUACCCCCUGUACCCCUCGGUCGAGCACCUGGUCAAGGAACACAAGCUCGACGAGGCCGCCCUCAGCGAGAUCACCCCGACCGGUCCCCAAGGCCGGCUCCUGAAGGGCGAUGUGUUGGCCUACCUGGGCUCCAUCACCGAGAGCCGCCCGGCCGACAUCAAGAAGCGCUUCGAUCACAACUCCCACCUGGAUUUGAGCAACAUCAAGAUUGCCGCGCCAGCUGCACCGCCCAAGGCCCAGAAGGCCGCCGCCCCUGAGGCUCCCGUCCCCGAGGACCUUCUGGUCGUUCUCCCUAUCUCGCUGGCAUCCGUCAUCGAGACCCAGAAGAAGAUCGAGGCUUCGCUGGGUACUUUCCUGCCCCUGUCGACAUUUGUCGCCCGUGCCGCCGAAGUGGCCAACGACGAGCUGCCUCUGCCCUCCAACUACAAGCCAAGCGCAAACGAGCUGUUCAACCAGGUGCUAGGGCUGGACAAGGUCGACCCCAAGGUGUCCCGCGGCCUUUACAUACCACAGAUCACGGCAGUGCCGCCGACGUCGUUCACCGGCGUCGCCCCCAAGCCGAAGCCCUCCAAGGUGGACAUUAUCGACCUGCUGUCCGGAUCCCCCAAGAAGAGCGCAAAGCCCGCCGCCCAAUCCCUGGGUCAGCCCGGCAUCUCGGCAGGCACCAACACCUUUAGUCUGAAGGUCCCCAAGAGCGAGGAGAAGAGGGCACAGGUCUUCCUGGCGAGGCUGAAGACGGUGCUCGAGCAGGACCCGGGCAGACUGGUGUUGUGA